AACCCUAACCCUCUGUACAGCCAUUUGAUUACAGGGUUAUUUUCUGUCUGUUCUUUUAUCCCUCAGACACAAUGAAUGUUUACCAAACAGCAGAGAAGGAGGUCAUCUCAGGGCUGUCUUACAGGAAAAGAAGUGACAGUGUUAUAUGGAAUUAUGAAUGUACUGCCACCAUGGAGAUGAAUCCAGAGGGCCUACCUUCCCUGGACUACAGGGAAGAGGACCCCCCUCCCAACCAACACUUCAAGUACCACAGCAGCCUGCAGAACAUGAUCCCAUUCCGUUUCUCAAACAAGUCCAACCCCAUGGACGAUGCAGGCUUCUUCUCCUUCACCUCGUUUGCCUGGAUGACUCCCAUGAUGUGGAGCCUGUUCAGGAACCGACUGGACAAGAGCUCCCUGUCUCUGUCUUCUCAUGAUGGGGCGAAACCAAUGGGAAGAGGUUCGAGAGGCUUUGGGAGGAAGAGGUUCGAGAGGCUUUGGGAGGAAGAGGUAGCUAAGGUGGGACUAGAGAAAGCUUCUUUAGGUUUGAGAGGCUUUGGGAGGAAGAGGUAG